UUCAAACAUUUUUUCAGUUAACUCAAAUUCAACCCUCCUCAAGCACCAUCAGAUUAUUUGCACGUUCAGUUCCUCGGGGCUACCAACCGCCUCCUACUUCCCCUUUAGGAUGUACCAGUUAUGCAAUACAAGCAGUACAAACCCCCUUCUCGUUUCUCCCACCCUUCGAGUAACAAUUUGCCGUCAUUCAAACACCCAUCGGUCGCUGGAGAAGCUAAAGAACCUUUAAUGGUUAAUACUUUAAUACAGGUGUUUGGGCCAGAAAAAGGAGAUGAAACUGAAACUGAGAAGCAAAGACUGUCAACAUUUGUUGGGGAAACAUCUAGCGAGCAAAAUUCACCUACCCCUCCCACUGAAUUGUUGAACGGUCAAAAACGCGUGACGCUUACAAGACAAUUGGACACCCUUGGAAGAACUUUUGUGCCUGCCAAUCAAACAGUUUCAACUGCAAAUCCAAAAAUAGCAAUUGUAAAAGCUUUUGCUGCUUCAAAUUCUUCCCAAAUAUCGGAAGCACAACUUCGAGAAGAAUUAGGCAAAGAAUUGGAACAAUCUGUUUCUCUUAUACUUGAUGAGCUGGGUAGGAAAGACAAAACGACUAAACGUCCAGCUACUUUGACCACUCAAUCUGUACCUGCAGAAGAGUUGGAACGAUUAGAAGCAGAGGAAAGUGAAGCAACAACAACACCAAAAGAAACUGAAAAUUCUGUUGUUUCAACUAGAGAAGCAACUAGUGUACAAACUGCUUCAACUACAAGUGUUGCUCCAUUAGUAGUCUUUCCAAAAACUAGCAAAGAACCGAUAGAGGUUGUCCCAGCAACAAACGUUGCAACAACAGAAGCAACGAGUGAGAAGGAGAAAAAAGAUGAAGCAACAACCGUUGGAAUUAAAGAAGAACAUAACAAAGAGGAAAAUGAAAUUGCAAGUACAAAAGAAACUUUAACUGAAGAAAAUAUUGAAGAGAUAAAAUCUACUACAAUCGCACCUGCGCAAAUUUACAAGAGCGCAGAGAAGAAAAGUGAAGCUGAAACAAAUUUACCUGUUACAACAACAAUAAAUAUUGAAGAAUCUCCAACAACCCCUACAAUUGUUAAACAAGAAGAAACUAAAGAAGAAACUUUAGAAAAACCAACAUAUCCAACAGAAGAAGAAAAAGAAGGGGUAACAAUAGAAGGAUCUUUAAUAUUUGAUAAGAAAACAACAAUACCAGAAGAAAUAGCUUUUAACGAAGAUGAAGCUUCCAUAACUGAGACAAUAGGAGAAGAGAAGAAAACAACAGUAGCAACAACAUUAGAGGCAACAACAACACUCCAAACAACAAUCCAAACAACACCAGAAACAUUGUUGCAAACAAAUUCUGAAAAUGUUUUGAGUAAAGAACAACAAGAGGUUGAAGAAGAAGAAAUAAAAGAACAACAAAAACAAACAACAUUAAAUGUUGUUGGGAAUAGGGAAGUUCCUGGCCCUGGGUGGCAACGAACUGAUUUUGAGGAAGGGCAGCUUUGGGUGCAAUGCAAACCUCCUUCAAUAAGGGCCCUCCUCUGGCCCUGGCCAACUAACAGAACCUUUGAAAACGGUGUUUUGUUUGCCAAAGACUUUCAUGAGGAGUCUGAUUGUUAUGCGGAAUUAGACAAGGAUAGUGGUGGGGGAGAGGCUCGCUUGGAUAUAGGUCCAGGAAAAUGUGGAUUGGCUGGGUCUAAAGCUAAUUCUUCACAAACACCCCAAAACCUUUCUUUAGUGCUUAUGUUUGCCCCACGGCGUUCUUUAUUCUCAUUUUUGGUUCAAUGUUAUACCCCAGUAUUGCCCACACAAAAGCAACAAUUAACAGCAGACUUGGCCAUUCAAAAACCUCUUGCCAGUCCAGUAAUGACCAAAACUAUCGAAUUGAGUCAAACCCCUCCUCGUUGUGAAUACUCUUUGAGGAGAAACACGCCGGAUGGCCCUCUUCUUCAACGCGCAACUCUAGGCCAGACAAUAUAUCAUCGGUGGGAGUGUGAGGGAGGGCAAGACGUUGCUGAACAAUUUGGGAUACUUUUGAGUGAUUGUGUGGUUGCUAAUUUAACACAAGAAAAAACAAAUAAUAAUAAUAGCUCUCCUGGCAAAACUUCAAUGGUUGAAUUAAUUGAUAGUGAAGGCUGUUCAACAGAUCCUUUGAUUGUAGAUGACCCUGAAUAUGAAAAGGAAAAUUUAGUUGCAUAUGCAAGAGCGAGAGUCUUCUCGCUUCGACCGGAAUCACAUUUUCUGAGGUUUUCGUGUAAAUUAAGUCUUUGCCUACGUCAAAAUGAUGGAUGUUUAGGACUAACUGUGGGUUUAAAUAAAAUCUUAUUUUUCCGGAAAAUACAAAAAUAA